AGGAGCUUCAGCUGGCGUAAGGAACGUGCUUGUCAUUGCUGAACUGGAAAUACUCUGUAUGCAAUGGCCUUGCACAGUAGCAAAUGCUGCCGUCUUAUCUUAAGGACACACGCCGCUAGGGCCUUGCCCUCGCGGAUUUUGAAACCGCCAAUUCGAGACAAGGCAUGCAAACCACAGAGAUGGUAUUCAAGUGCAACCAAAGAAGAAAAUAGAACAGAACCGCUGGCAUUGGUCGACUCAAUUACAUCUCCUUACACCGACGCCGCAUCAACUUCGCAACCUGCACAGGAAUUCAGUGUGGCAACCGGGCCCGGAUGGAUUUCGAAGGACGUUGCGCCGUUCUCUGAAUCCCUCACUGACACUUUUGGGCGAAGGCACACGUACCUGCGAAUUUCCCUUACCGAAAAAUGCAACCUGCGCUGUCAGUACUGCAUGCCGGAAGAGGGAGUAACGCUGAGUCCUCGAGCUCAGCUCUUGUCCACAGAGGAGGUGCUUACUCUGGCUCGACUCUUCGUGCGGGAAGGUGUGCGGAAGAUCCGACUAACUGGAGGAGAGCCCCUUAUACGUCCUGAUAUCCUCCACAUCAUUGCGGAAAUGAGGAAGUUGGAGGGUCUGAAGACCAUUGCUGUGACUACCAAUGGCAUGAACCUUGCCAGACUGCUGCCAGGUCUACAGGAGGCUGGCGUGGACCUGCUCAACGUCAGUCUGGACUCAUUAGUCCCAGCAAAGUUUGAGUUCAUCGUCAGGCGCAAAGGCUUCCAUAAGGUGAUGGAAGGUAUUGAGAAAGCUAUUGAAAUGGGUUACAAUCCAGUUAAGGUGAACUGUGUGGUGAUGCGGGGCCUGAACGAAGACGAGCUGCUGGACUUCGUGGCACUGACUGAGAGGAAACCUCUGGACAUGCGCUUCAUAGAGUACAUGCCAUUUGAUGGCAACAAGUGGAACUUCAAAAAGAUGGUAAGCUACGCGGAAAUGCUGGACCGCAUUAAGCAGCAGUGGCCCAGCCUGGAGGCGGUUCCUGCGGACGAGGCGGACACUGCCAAGGCAUUCAGAGUUCCAGGGUUUCAGGGACAGUUGGGUUUCAUCACCUCCAUGUCAGACAAUUUCUGUGGCUCCUGCAAUCGCCUGCGCAUCACAGCUGAUGGCAACCUCAAGGUCUGUUUGUUUGGAAACUCAGAGGUGUCUUUGAGGGACAGCCUGCGCUCAGGAGCGUCUGAUCAGGAGCUUCUGCAAAUUAUAGGAGCUGCACUUGGGAGGAAGAAGAAACAGCAUGCUGGCAUGUUCAGUAUAUCACAGAUGAAGAACCGACCGAUGAUCCUCAUUGCCGGGGAAUGUAGAGGGCCUGUGUCUACAGUGAGAGACGGGCACAUCCUCCACACUCCCCAAAUAGCUCUGACAGCUCGAGCAGGGCUACAGUUUCUACCACCAUCUUACCUACACUGGAGGGGCAGAGCUCCCGCUGGUGCUUUGGCCGUGCACGCGCUCACUUCAGCAAACUCUGACAUCUGUGAAAACGACACCCUGCUGCAUGUUCCCCCGGCCUGCCAGGGAAGGAGACGAGCUUCUCCCGCCGUGUUCGGCAGCGACGCAGCGGCAGUUUCUGAUUCCCACCAUGCUUCCAUUACCGCAACCCGCACAGCCAAGUUUGCACAGCUGAAACACGCACACAGACUCGUGGGUGGUGCUAUGCGCGCCCCACUGCGGCACCUCCGCUAUUCCUCUUCCCCACCCUCCACCCAUCUCCUCCACAGCGCCCUGCUGGCAGCGCGGCAAGUUCUGCGCCAGAGUGCCAGGCGGCGCCAUGACCUAAACUCCGGCCCCAAGGGCUUUGACGCAUCGCUCACAGACCCCCGCAUCCCGAGCCAGGAUGGUGCUGCCAAGCAGCUGAGUCACACGGAUGAACGAGGCCGAGCCUCCAUGGUCAACGUGGGUGACAAAGCAGAGACGUUCCGCACAGCCUCAGCCGGCGCUCGCGUCCUGCUCGGGCCCACCGCGUUCAGCCUGGUCCACGCCAACCAGCUGAACAAGGGUGACGCUCUGUCAGUCGCACAACUGGCAGGCAUCAUGGGGGCCAAACAAACUUCCUCUCUCAUACCUCUGUGCCACCCUCUGGUCCUGGACCACGCUACUGUCACUGUGGAGCUGCUGGAGGAGGAGCAUGCGGCCAUUGUCUUGGCGACCUGCCGGGCGACCGGCCGCACAGGGGUGGAGAUGGAAGCGUUGACGGCAGCGACGGUCGCCGCACUGGCACUCUAUGACAUGUGCAAGGCAGUCAGCCGUGACAUCGUCAUUACCGACAUCAGAUUACUCAGCAAGACGGGAGGUCAGCGUGGUGACUUUCAGCACUCUACCUUAGCCAACCACAGCAAACCAGUUCCACUCCACUAGCACAUGUAGAAGAGCCACGACUGACCUAAUGCAAUCAUAUCGGCCUUUCCACAGAGUUUUAUAAAUCCAAGUUGAUGCAUCUCCCCUUAACUAGCUUUUACUGACAUCAGCACUGUGCCUUUAGAAUCUCCUGUAAUUGUAUUAAUACUUUUUCAGUGUUAUACUGCUUUUGAAAUCAAUUUCCUGAAAAACAAACAUUGCCAUGUCUGAAUAGACUAAUCUCUCUUUGCUUAUUGAGAAUAACUUCUAAAAAAUAAUGAGUGGUCUAACAAUAGCCGAACAGUAUUUUUGCUCUGGAUAUAUUUUGAUAAUGUUAGAAUUGUAUGUAGGUUCAGAUAAGAGAAUCAGAGGUGCAUUUGACACACUAGUAAUGGUGUGUGGAGUAAUGAGAUCAUGAUGGGUGUUUUUAUUCCUAUGGACUUAUGGCUCCCAUCAGCAUCUUCAUCAGGGUCUUGGAAUUCACAGCGUCAGACUGUUACAUUGCAGUCAUGCUCUCUGGGCGUCUGAUUUGGAAGGUGAUACGGCCCACAAGUAACUGGACAGUGACAGUUUUUACUGUUUUGGAUCUUUUCUUGAAAAAAAUCUUUACUUGGUUAUGCACUGAAUGUAAUGAGGGGGUAUUUAUAUCCAUACUGUGUGAAGCAUAUGAACUGCUGAAGUAGCUGAUGUGAUUUUUUCAGGACCCAAAAUGAAAUGUUUUUGACUAGCCAAGUCAGAAAGUCAAUCUGAAAGCCAGUAAAGCUGAGUCUGGUGCCUGCCAGAGCAUCUGAGCCAAACUAAGGUCUGCACACUUGUGGCAGUGAUGGGCUGUAAAGGAUUUGUAGGUAUUAAAUAUGUCGUCCCCCCCCCCAAAUUAAGCUUUUUUCCAACACAGCACUUGUGGUCCCUCUGAAAUUGGAAGAGUACAACUAAAAGAACUGAAUCCUAUAUGGGCUAUACAAAUAAUGCCAAUAUAAUAUAUAUAUAUAAAACCCUAACCCUACAUGGGUUAUCUAAUACAAAUAAUGCAAAUUUAAAAGAUGACAUUCUGCAGGUUAAAACCUGUAAUGUGGCACUGUUUCAUUUCCAAACCGACAUGCUGGCACUGAGAGCCAAAACAAACAACUCACUGUCCAACUACUUACCAGUUCAUUGUACACUACUUAGGAAACCAAAGAUACUCUAGAAAUAGUACUACACUACACCAGCCUUUACUACAUCAUAGUAUUACACUAUGCUGUUCUCUCGCUAGACACACAAGCUUUCACAUCAACAUUGAUUCUAAGGUUGUUCUUCAGUAAUGGUGCACAAUUAGCCCAAUGGCUCAUGGAACUUCACAGAAUUCAAGAUCAUAAAAGUUGUUAAACAUGAAACAUACAGUGUGUAAUUUUCCAUACUGAUUUGGUUACAUAAUUGAAGGCUUUAAUUAGUCAUUUUGGAUUUUAAAAAGUCUUGUAAACUUGUUUCAACUGAAAACUAACGAUAAGAAUAAUAAAAGGCCAGUGUUUGUAA